UUUAUGGUGUGGUGUGGUUUGUAUGUGUUAUGAUCCAAUUGAAAGUGUGUUGCCGGGCGAGAUGCAUGUGUUGUUGAUGGUGUCACUGCUUGUACUGAGUGCUGCUGGUGUGGGAUCGACAAACACGACACAGUCGGACGUGGGUGGCCUAGACGACGCCGGAAGUCAGGCCAUCCGUGAAAUGAUGGCCAAACUUGACCAGGUUCUCACCCAGACACAGUCCUGCUAUUACAAAUACGGUAGCAGUAACCAGUGUAUCGAUCUAAUCAGCGAUCGAUCAGUUAUCUCACAGUUAUGUGGUCACAUCGCAAAUCUGGAGUCGAGGCUGCAGCAACUGUCCACAGAAAUCCUGACCAUUUCCGGUGCCAUUUCCAAAUCUCAGACAACUGGCCAGGAUCUCGCUGAAAUAAAAGCUGACAUUGCAACCCUCAAAAGGUCCUCCAUCUUCUCUGCCUACCACCAAGGCCAGGUCCCCGCCUACGUGACCCACAUAAAGGUGACCCACUACAGCACCACUGUCAACCAGGGCACUGGCCACAAGUUUGAUGAACAUAGUGGCGUCUUCAAGACAGAGAUCGACGGCGUAUACCAUUUCAGCUUAAAGAUCAGUAAGAAUCCGGAAAUAAACUUAGAAGCUUACCUAGUAGUGGACGAUCAAAAUCUGGCCAACGCCGAUGACGCAAAUGACAUCGAUAUUCUGACGUCACUGUCUGCCGGACAAGAGGUGUGGGUUGACGUCACGACCAAUAAUGUACCGGAAGCUGUUGAAAUCCGGCUCACGUUCUCCGGCUUCCUAGUGGACUAGCCUCAUACGGGAACCAUGUGAUCAGUUCUGGGUCACUCAGAAGAAUAAUAUAAUGACUUUUUCAAAAAUAACGCGUCAAAGAUUUUUAAAUGUCAACGCUUUGAACGGACACCUACGCUUCUAUAGGUUAAUUAUGGCUUCUUUUCUGUUUGUUUCUUUUUUUUUAAUGUAAAUUAUUAAUAUGUAAAUCAAAUGCUUUUGUUAUCUGGAAGAUAUAAAUAAUACAUCGUUCCCUGACACAUUUUUAGAUAUUUGAAAAAAAAAUUCUUUGUUGUAUUUUUACAAUUUUAAAAUUAAUUAUUAUAUUUUACGGAUUUUUUUUUUGCUACCUGUUUGUAAUUAAUUAUGCAAAAGUAGAGGAAUAAAUAUAAUACUGUUUUUACAUAAUAUUGUGUUAGGAAUGGAAUGUAAAUGUUGUAGGCCUACAUUGAUUUGUAAUUUAAAUGAGUUUUUUUAAAGUACUCUCUCUCUAUGAUGAAGAUACAUAACGUACAAGGAAAAUAUCACAAAAUAAUACAAAUAUUACAGAAACGAGAUAUGUAAAUUGUAUUUUGUUUAUUACAUUUUCCCAUUCGUGACACGUGUUGUAGAAGAAGUAGAGUUUAUUUGGUUCAGUGACUUCGAAAUUUAAAGGGAUUGUGUGAUCAGCACUAUGCCCAGCCUUCCUUAUUAGUUAGGUACCCACCAAAGCUGGAUGGACUCAGGGACCUUACGUUAACUUGAACCAGGAUUUGAACUUGUGACUUUGGGAUUAGCAGUCUGGCGCUCUACAAUGUGCUAUAUACCUAGAAAUAUGUGCGUGUUUUUGCGAUACUGAUUCUUACGGUGGAGCUCAGAACUCCAAUAGCAGAUUGUUUAGGUCCUAGGACCUUUGACCACAGGAGCUUUGACCAUAGGGGGUUUGACCA